GGGCGCGGGCGGAUAAGGACGGCGUUUCCCCCUUCUCCUUCGCAGCCUGGCAGGAGAAGGCGACGGGAGCGGCGGUCCCGCCGGGAAGAUGCUCAAAGUCACCAUGCCCUCGUCUCCCUCCUCUUCGUCGUCCUCCUCUUCGUCCUCGUCCUCCUCCUCUUCGUCCUCCUCGUCCUCUUCCUCCGCCGCCACCGCCGCCGCCGUCCCCCCGACUGCCACCUCCGCUCGGGCCGGAGCCGUCGCCGCCGCCGCCGCCGCUGCGCCCCCCGAGUACUGGAUCGACGGCUCCAACAAGGACACCCUGGCCCACUACUUCGAGGUGGAGUCCGAGCUGGGACGGGGUGCGACAUCGAUUGUGUACAGAUGCAGACAGAAGGGGACGCAGAAGUCGUAUGCCCUCAAAAUGUUAAAGAAAACGGUCGACAAAAAGAUCGUCCGAACUGAAAUAGGAGUUCUUCUCCGCCUUUCACACCCAAAUAUUAUAAAGCUGAAAGAGAUAUUUGAAACCCCUACAGAAAUCAGCCUGAUUUUGGAGCUGGUCACAGGAGGAGAGCUGUUUGACAGGAUUGUGGAAAAGGGAUAUUACAGUGAACGGGAUGCGGCUGAUGCUGUUAAACAAAUCCUGGAGGCAGUUGCUUACCUUCAUGAAAAUGGUAUUGUCCAUCGUGAUCUGAAACCAGAGAAUCUACUGUAUGCAACUCCAGCCCCAGAUGCACCCCUCAAAAUAGCUGAUUUUGGACUAUCCAAAAUUGUGGAUGAUCAAGUGACCAUGAAAACAGUAUGUGGAACACCAGGGUACUGUGCACCUGAAAUUCUUCGAGGAUGUGCCUAUGGACCUGAAGUGGACAUGUGGUCCCUGGGGAUAAUCACCUACAUCUUACUCUGCGGCUUUGAACCGUUCUACGAUGACAGAGGAGACCAGUACAUGUUUAAGAGAAUUCUGAACUGUGAUUAUGACUUUGUCUCCCCCUGGUGGGAUGAUGUAUCUCUAAAUGCCAAGGAUUUGGUUAGAAAAUUGAUCAUUUUGGACCCUAAGAAGCGUCUGACCACCUUUCAAGCUCUUCAGCAUCCCUGGGUAACAGGCAAAGCAGCAAAUUUUGCCCACAUGGACAAUGCCCAGAAGAAACUUCAAGAAUUCAAUGCUCGGCGGAAGCUUAAGGCUGCGGUGAAGGCUGUGGUGGCAUCCACUCGUCUGGGCAGUGCCAGCAGUCACAGCAACACCCACGACAGCAAUAGGUCCAACCAGAAACCACCUCCGGCCCAGGGCCGCAAACCCGAAGAGACAUCGGGGCAGAAAAUUGAGUGCGCCCAAGAAGAUACACCGAAGGAAGCCCCAGCCCCAGCAGCAGCAGUGGCACCACCAGAAGAAACAACGAAGGGAGAGGCCCAAGUUGCUUGAUUUUAGGUUUGGGGUUGAAAUCUGUCUUAUGUGGGUGGGCGGCUCUACUUACCU